AAUGAACAAAAUCCCAUGGAUAGAUGUUUUCUCGCGAGAUUUGAUUACUCGAUUGCGAAUGAGAGUUCAAAGCAGGCUGUGUGGUAAAAAGUCUUCUCCGUAUUGGGGUUAAGUCGGUUAAAUGCUAGCAAACCCCGGUAGUUGAUCCGCUAACGUCCGUUGACCUCCCGCCCAGCUUGAGUCAAUCCUGCCGCUUUUAGAGAAAAAGGUGAGGAUCUGCAGUAAGAGAUGGACAACACCAGAAAGAAAGUGUCCUUCAAGUGGCUACAGACUGCUGCCGCAUCAUCCAAAGAAGCUUGUCAGCGCAAUGCUUACAUGAGUACCCCUUCUCACCACAGUACGCCAAGACAUGAAGAGUCAAGUGCUUUCCCCUCCAGCGACUCUCCAGGAUCGGAGCGCUUUGGAGCGUUGAGUCUGAGCACUCCUAAAAGAAAAGCAGAGAUGCUCUGGGAAAGGGCGCCAUCUGCAGGCAAAGCCAAGCUGAGAAAACUCUCCAGGAAAAAUUCAGAGACUUUAAAAAACAUUAAGAGCUCCUCUACAGAAAAAAUACUCCAGCAAGAAGAAUCUCCAACAAGUCAGCAAGUAUCCCCAACUUCACAUCACACUUUCAUCUUGAAGAAGAACGAGAGGACACCGGAGGAGGGGUCAAGGGCUAUCUGCCAGAUGGCACUGGUUGCAGCUGUCGGCAGGACAAGAGCAAGUAUUAGCACCACUGAAAGCCCUGUGUCUCAGAGCAGCUCGUUUCCCUUUGUACCUGCGCCUGUACAGACCGAGGAGCAAAGUGCACAUCAUUUUGACAGUGAUGUGGCUAGAAACAGCUACUUGAACAGUCCUGGCGACUAUGAGGAUGUUGCAGCUCUCAGUGAGGACCUCAGCUGUCCUGUUCGGGUGUUUGAGGAUACACAGUCACAAAGGUACAGCUCAGAGUCAACAACAGAUGCAAGGGAGCCUGUUUUUUUGGAGACCAGCCCCCAUGGAAAAUUACUUCCCUCUGAGAAUGAAGCUGAAGUUGAAUACUUUGGACUGUCAGUCCCUGAGCUGGAGUAUAUUUCAGGCCCUUCGCCUAGAUUUCCCACUCAACAAAACAACCUGCAGAGUCGGACUCGUUUAACUUCUCAGGGGGCAACAAUAUCUUCGGCCUGUUCUUUACCCAGUGUUGAGGACACUGGAACCACGCAGGCAGCUGCCGAGGACACAGAGUCAUAUUUCCUACCAGAAAAAAGGACGGCUUAUGUUUCAUUCAUGCAGCCCAACCAACCAAAAAUGAAGCCUUUAAAUCCUUUCGGGGCUGAGAAUUUUCACUCAUCCGUCCAGGCCAAUUCAUUGGAUCCGUUUUCUCUGCCACUGUGUUCAUCUGAAAGAGUAUCUAACUUUCCCAUGAAUUCUGGAGUGCCACGCAGACAAAGCGACUGUUUCUCUUCUAUGCGUUAUCCUCCUACCUCCGUAUCUCACAGUUUCACCUCCACCAGAAGGAUAUCCUUGGGAGCUGACCCUCUGUGGACCAGUUACCCUGACUGCAACAGUCCGGCUGGCUUCAUCGACACACAUUGUCAUCUGGACAUGCUCUAUGGAAAACUGGGAUUCAGAGGAACAUUUGGCAGCUUCCGGCAGCAUUACAGCAGCAGCUUCAGUCCCAAGUUUCAAGGCUGCAUUACGGACUUCUGCAACCCACAUAUCAUGGUGAAGGAGGCCUUGUGGGAAGGUUUGCUUUCUGAAGACAUGGUGUGGGGGGCAUUUGGCUGCCACCCACAUUUUGCCAAAGGUUACUCAAACAUUCAGGAAAACAAUAUACUAAUGGCAAUGAGGCAUCCAAAAGCGGUGGCGUUUGGUGAAAUGGGGCUGGAUUAUUCCCACAAAAACUCCACUGACUCUUCAAGGCAAAAACAAGUGUUUGAACGUCAGCUGCGUUUGGCCGUGGCCAUGCAGAAACCUCUGGUGAUCCACUGCAGGGAUGCAGAUGAUGACCUGCUGGAAAUCAUGAAGAAGUGUGUGCCCAGAGAUUACAAAAUUCACAGACACUGUUUCACAAACAGUUAUUCGGUGAUCGAGCCCUUCCUGACAGAGUUCCCCAACCUGUAUGUGGGCUUCACAGCACUGGUCACGUACACCAGGGCCAAGGAAGCUAGAAACGCCGUUCGCCAGAUCCCUCUGGACCGCAUCGUCUUGGAGACCGACGCACCAUAUUUCCUGCCAAGACAGGUCGGCAAAGACGUGUGCCGGUUUUCCCACCCAGGAAUGGGGAUCCACACGCUACAUGAGCUGAGCUGGCUGAAGGGGGAGGACGAGGCCACGGUGCUCAACACCAUCCGAAACAACACCUACCUUCUGUACGGCAUAUGAUCCCUCCCCAGGACAACACAUUAAAAAAAACAAUACGAUCUAUUCACACCGCGUUGUUUUGUAACAGAAACACUCUACACUGGUUUUUGUUUUAGAGUUAGAAAUCCCCCAAGGUCACAUGUUGGAGUUUGGAAAAGCAGUUUAAUUUUAAAAAAUUUGUUGCAUUUAUUGAUCUAGCAAAGAAUAAAAGAUUUAAAAAAGACUUGCAUGAGACAGCAUCAUAAAAAAGACACCAUAUAUGACUGUUUAUCUGGUUAUAUUUUAGAUCAUUGUUUAUGCAAAUUAAUUCAGAAGCAGUUUUAAGUUUUAUGGUUUUCUUUGCAGCCAGAUAUUAUUUGUUCUAAUGUGUCUGGAUGUUUUUUGUCGUCCACCUGCUGUGCUGUGUCGUUUGGGUUAUUGUGGUUGAGAUGUAUUAAAAGCCUUUAACAGUGA